GUUAUGAUGGGAAUCAGCUGUUGAGCGGUUAGCGGCGGCUGUGCGAUAUGUCAUCUUUCGUCUCUAUGCUUUCAUUUGCCUGAAUAAAAUAUUAAAAAUCAAUGAAAGAUCAUAAAUAAGUAUUAAAAUAUUAUGGAAUACACUGUAGAAAAUUUGGAACAGGCCGUAGCAAUAUUUUAUAGGACGGAAGCCAAUCAACAAGCCGAUGCCCAUCAAUGGCUAACAAAAGCUCAAAACUCCUCAGAAGCUUGGUCAUUUGUAUGGGAGCUUUUAAGUCCCCAAAGGAGCUUCCAAGUUCAAUUUUUUGCUGCUACAACUUUACACACCAAAUUAAUGAAAUAUUGGAAUGAAGUACCAGAAGACCACUAUGAAAGUCUUAAAAAACGAAUAUUAGAUGCCAUUAUUAGUUAUGCCAUGGGCCAAAAAAUUGUUCUCAAUCGACUUUGCAUUGCUUUUUCUGCUUAUGUAAUACAUACCAUACCCACACAUUGGCCCAAUGCAUUCGAAGAAAUAGUUUCCAGUUUUCAGCCCCAUAAUUUACCAACCAUUGAGUCUGAGAGAGUUAUAUGGAUACUUUUGGAAAUAUUAACAGUUAUUCCUGAAGAGUUUCAAAGUACUACACUAUCAGUUUCACAAAGAAAUCGUGUUAAAGCUGUUUUACAGGAAGUAUCUAAGGAUAUUUUGAAAGUGGUGGAGAUGUGUUUGAUGCCUAUACCGUCAAAAGGGUUUGAUAUGUCAAACUUAAUUACAUAUUUACACGCAACUAAAUGCGGUUCAGCAUGGAUGACACUGGGAGGUUUGGUUAUCGAUGAGUGCAGUUCAGUUUGCAAUCUUUUAAUUGACUUAAUAUGCUUUGUGUAUUGGAAUAAGUUAGAUCCAGAGUGCAUUUCUGGCGAAGAGAUGGAAUUAAUAGAAGUGGCAGUGGAAGCCGUAACAACCAUAAUCCAGCAUCCCCACACCUCUAUGUAUAAGAACCACGUUAUAAAAUACACGGAAAAUAUAUUGUACAAAUUUGAGAAAAUAAUCGAGGCUGAGAGAAAUGCCGAAGAACUGAACAAGGAUGUGGUAGCAAAUUUGUAUGGAUUAAUCAUUGCUCUUGCCGAUACACACUCGAAAAUCUUUAUUGACAACCUGAAAUUGCCCAACCUUGAAGACCAGAGAAUAAGUUUUGACCUAUUCACGUCGAUAUUAAAAUGUACGAACCUUAAAGGGAAUUUUCCCGUAGAUGAAAGUAGCAGUAAUUUAACGUUUGGGUUUUGGUUUACACUUCAGGACGAUGUAUUAUCCCUAGAAACGGCCGAUUCAACUCAACUUUUAUUGAUGAUCAAGCCAUUUUAUCGAGACCUGAUUUGUAUUCUGCUGAAGAAGUCCAUGCUGUCUUGGAUGGACGACACCAGUUGGCCUCUGGACGACAGGGAAGUGUUUAGAUGUUACAGGCAGGACGUGUCCGACACUUACAUGUAUUGCUACAACGUCCUAAAUUUAGAAAUGCUGGAUAUUUUAACAAGCAAACUAAACGAAGCGCUAUGUAAAGAAACUGAAACGGGAUUCGUACAUUCGCCGGAAUGGACCCAAAUUGAGACCUGUUUACAUGCUUUCUGUGCGAUCGCGGAAAGCAUAGAGAUGGAGAAUUUAUACUUGCCCAAAUUGAUGAUGACAAUUAAAGAAAUUCCGUAUAGGGAUCUCAAUAUUAAGGUCAUGUCUACGGCUUUGGAAACAGUCGGGGCUUAUUCAGAAUGGCUGACCGAUCAUCCAGAUCAGUUAAACAACGUGAUGCCUUUGGUAAUAUCGGCCCUAGGAACACCGGAAAUAUCAACCAGUUCCACCAUGGCUUUGAAAGAUAUAACACACAGUUGCCAAAAGUUUUUAUUGCCAUAUGUAGAUCAUAUUUUACUGGCAACGCAGGCGGCGUUUCAGAGUGGAGCCUUCAAAUUGGGAGAAUGCAAAAGACUGAUGUUUAGUAUAGGUAAAGUGUUAAGUAUUAUGCCGGUGAAUCGGAUUAUGGACUAUUUAAAUGUUACCCUGGCUCCCACUUUUGAGGAAAUUCAAAAUAUUGUAGAACAUGAUCCAACUCCCAGCACAGCUUUGUGUCUCAUGUCACGAAUGAAAGUCCUAUCUGCAUUGUUUAAUUCUCUGUACGUUGCAUCCGAAACGAACAUAGAACAGCCCGUUUUUUUAAUCAUGAAAAAUACCAUGCCCCUGUACAAAACGAUGGCGGAGAAAUAUUGCAGAAAUAACGAAGUUAUUAUGGAUCUGAGCGUUUUACUGAAAUAUGUAGUAACGACGUUGAAGGACGAUUGCAAGCCCUUAAUAGAGGACAUUCUUCAGAUUGUGGUGACAGUGUAUGGAGAAAAUCCUCAAGAUCAUGUUUUAGUUGUAGCCAAAACAGUGCUGAUAUUAUUUGGUAGAGAGGCGGAACUGCAAAAUCUCAACAAACAAUUAGUGCAAGAAAUCUGUAACAGAACGUUACAAACCUGCGCCCAGUAUAGUACCAAUAACCAGUUAUCAGAAAUAUCAGAUCUUUUGGAAGGGUUCUACUCGUUUUUGUCCAUACUUAUUAAGAAAGUACCGCAACUGAUAUUUAAUUCCGCCAUAGACACUGCAGCGUUAUUUCAGUGUGCGAUAUUGUGCUUGGUGUUGCCGGAAACGCAGACUCUGAAGGCGGUCUCGAGUUUCCUGGUGAAUUUUAUUAACCACAGCCGGGACGUGUCCCAAGGCGACAUAAUUCAAACUUACGGCGAAGGCUUAGUUAUAAGGAUACUUUUAAAUUUAGGAAGUACUGCUCCUAGGGCUUCCCUAGACGUUCUCAGUGAUAUCAUUCUAGUGUUAAAUAAAAAGUACUGUGAUAACCUCUAUAGAUGGCUGACCAUGCUGUUGGCUCAAGAAAAUUUUCCGACGGCCAGGAUCACUUCCGAACAAAAGGAAGCUUUUAUUAAAGUGGUUUUAAGAUCAAAGACCAACAAGAGGAAACUGAGCGAUUCUGUGCUAGAAUUCGCUCUGAUAUGUAGAGGGAUAUUAAAGCAAGGCAACAAUUUACCAUAGAUUUAAUUUUUUUUUUAUUAAUAAUUUAUGAACUGUGUAAAUACAAUUAAAAACGUUUUAAC